GUGUGAAGUGAGCGGGCGGAACGACGAAAGGGGGAGGAGGGAGGGAAAAUUUUUGCCGACCGAUUGUCGCGCCAAGCUAGAUCAGAUCAUGAUGGAGGUGAACUUGCGCUGGUUAGCGUUUUCUCUCAUCUUCGUCUGUCUUUUUCUUGCGUUGACGCUCCUUUUUGGAGCUCGCCCACUUAACCCUAUUCCCGGAUCCGUAAAUCGGCCAUUGGGGCGAGUGCACCAGUUGUCCUCUCGGCCAUCUCCUCGUUCCUCCUCUUUCUUCUCCUCCCAAUCCUCCGCCGACUCGGAAAGCGUCGAUGGUUCUUCAGCUGAGCUUGAGCUGCCUAGGGUUGCGUACUUGUUGACAGGGAGCAAAGGCGACGGGAACCGAAUGAAACGUCUUCUUCUCGCGCUUUACCACCCGCACAACGAGUAUCUCCUCCAUAUAGAUCGUGAAUCGCCGGUGUCGGAGAGACUCGAUCUCGCUCGGUUUAUCGCUUUCCACCCUCUCUUUCUUCUCGUCGGGAACGUCCGGCUCAUCGUGAAGUCCAAUCUUGUAACGUACCCUGGUCCGACAAUGAUAUCCACCACUCUGCAUGGUAUGUCCAUUUUCCUUAGGAAGAAAUCGAAAUGGGAUUGGUUCAUCAAUCUCAGCGCAUCCGAUUAUCCGUUAAUUACACAGGACGACUUUCUGCACGUCUUAUCUUCAGUGCCACGUGGCUUGAACUUCUUGGACCACACCAGCGAGAUCCCAGAUUACAAAAUGCGGCAACGCGUGCGCUCGAUGGUGGUCGAUCCCGCGAUCUACCGUUCCACCAAGUCCGACCUGUUCUUUGUCCAAGAAACCCGCGCCACUCCCAACGCCUUCCGCCUGUUUCAAGGCUCAGCCUGGGUGAUGUUGAGCUAUAACUUCUGUGAAUAUCUCAUCUAUGGCUGGGACAAUUUGCCCAGGCUUGCUCUCAUGUAUUUUGCCAACGUCCUCUCUUCCCCCGAGUCCUACUUUCACACCGUCGUUUGCAACUCCAAAGAGCACUUCAACACCACUGUGAAUACCGAUCUCCACUUCAUUGCGUGGCAGAACCCGCCCACGCAGCAUCCUUUGUUCUUGAACUCCACCUUCUACGCAGCUAUGGUGAAUGCCAGCGUUCCGUUUGCGAGGAAGUUUAAGGAGGACGAGCCAUUGCUAGACACGAUAGACGCGAAGCUUCUGAGAGGGAGGAGGAAAGGGCGUGUCGUGGAGGGUGGUUGGUGUGCGGGGAGCGAGAUGCAAGCAGAAGAACCGGUAGGAAAGGAAGAACGAAACAGCUCAUCAUCAUCUUCAGGAGGACGGGCAGUAGGAGAAGGAGAUGGACCGGACCCUUGCGGGGUUGUAGGUGACCCAGUAGCCUUACAACCGGGAGGAGGGGCGAAGAGAUUCGAGAAACUAAUAAACAGAGUCCUGGAGCCGACGUAUUUCCGCGGACGGCAGUGUGUAUGACAGAGAAGGCAUAGACAAUCCUAUGUUUGGUCUGGUGUGUACCCUACCCCUCCCCUCCCCUCCGCUCCCCUCCCCUCGUGAAUAUUUGCCUAUCUUCGUUUGGUCUGGUUGAUGGUCAUCUGUGUUCAUAAGAGAUUUGUUCCGAAAAGUUUCGCAUAGAAAGUGCGCUAUAAAUCUCUCUCUCUCUCUCUCUCUCUCUCUCUCUCUCUCUCUCUCUCUCUCUCAUGUGCGGUCACUUUCUGUAGUCUCGGUGCACAUCUUCCAGCGUGCUCUCAGGUAGUUCUCCCGAAAGAAGUGCGCGCUUGAUCAGCUCUUUACUUGGCAAAAAAUAGGUGCGCUAUAAAUCUCUCUCUCUCUCUCUCUCUCUCUCUCUCUCUCUCUCUCUCUCUCUCUCUCUCUCUUGUGCCUUCACUUUCUGUACCCUCGUUGCACAUCUUCCGCAUGUAGUUCACCUGAAAGAAGUGCACGCUUGAUUGGCUCUUUGCUUGGCUUUGACCGGCGUGCGGGCCAUUGCUUCUUGAAGAGGGCAGAGAGAGAGCGAGGGAGAGGAGCAAUUAGCACCUUCAUGCGCAAAGGGGAAAAGCGCCACUUGUAUGGGGCAAUUGCGUCUACCACGUACUUGCAAUGGAAAGGGUUUCUUGCACGUAUGUCGCUGCAUUUUCAGCCUAAUGCAGUCGAGGAAGGAGAGCUACAUGAGUACGCAGCGAAGGCGUUUUUACACUAGGAGGUUCCUUGGCUUACCUGGAGGCAAUUUCGGCUUCUGUCGGGAUAGUUGCAUAAUUGCAAGUAUGCCCCCCGACCUGGUCGCAGUUGAUCACACGUCUUGCCUUUCUUGGAUCUCCGCGCCGCUUGCUUUUUCUCUUUUUCUCUUUUUUUUCUUCCCCCCCUCUGUUUUCUUAGUUAGGUAAUAGAGGGAGGCGGGGAUAUGUACGUAUGCAACGUCUACUUGUACGGAUGCAACGCCAAUGUGCAUGUACGGAUGCAACGCCAAUGUGCAUGUACGGAUGCAACGCCAAUGUGCAUGUACGGAUGCAAAGCCAAUGUGCAUGUACGGAUGCAACGUCGACUUGUACGGAUGCAACGUCGACUUGUACGGAUGCAACGCCAAUGUGUACGAAAGCACAGCGCGCGCGUGCGUCGAACGUGGCUGCGGAAUGAGCUCAUGCCGUUUUCAGGUGGGCUUACAUGAAUGAGGUGGGGGUCUUGAGGGAAACUGGUGUAUGGAUCGAGUGAGUGCUCGGUGGGAGCAAUCUGUGUGCAAGUGCAGGACAUAUGUUUUUUAGGUACAUUCAUAACUCCAUUUUUCAUGUGUCAGGCGAUUUCGAGGUGAUGUGGAGGAAGCUGAAGAUGACCAGGUUCUGACGAAUAACGGCGAUGAGGGUCCUCCUGGGGCCUUGUACGGUGGGAUGACGUAGGGGAACAGCAGAAGAAGACCAUGAGAGAGAGAGAGAGAGAGAGAAUCUGGAGUUGGGAUGAAGAAGGAGAAAGAUGUGGAGAUGGGCUUCCCGUCAGAUUAGAGAUUGAAAUGAACGGCGCGCAUAAAUAAGGGAAGUACAAGAAUCGCAAGGCGUAAGAGCAAACGAAUCCAUGAUGAUGCUCGCAGUGAUGAUGACAGCGACGGAAAUGGGUGUUGGUGAAGAGGGGUGACAAGCACCGAAUGCGGAUCCUAAUGCGGCGUGAAGGUGGUCUAGCUUCUGUAAAGGCGCCUGGCGUUUUCUUAUUGGUUCUUCGUUUUUCUUGAAUCGUUGCUUUUCGUUCCUUGCCAGCUGGAGGAAGAAACAAAUGCCAUGUCACCGA